GGCGGUGGAGGACGCCAUCUUGGUGGUGCUGUGCCGGGGACUGCGGGCAGCGGGGCUCGGCGCGGAGCCUGUCCUGGUGGCGUGUCCGUUAAGUUGAUUUUACAGAAUUUGUCAGGUCUUCAAAGCAGAAACAGGUGAUUUUUGCUGUGGGUUGAGCUCAGCAUGGCUGUAGUCAUCCGUUUACAGGGGCUUCCUGUUGUUGCGGGUCCUGCAGAUAUUCGUCGUUUCUUCUUGGGAUUGAAUAUUCCUGAUGGAGGUGUGCAUAUUAUUGGAGGAGAGAUUGGGGAGGCUUUUAUUAUAUUUGCAACAGAUGAAGAUGCACGGCGUGCCAUGAGCUGUUCAGGAGGGUUUAUCAAGGACUCGCGCAUAGAGCUGUUUCUCAGCAGCAAGGCAGAGAUGCAGAAUACCAUAGAAAUGAGCCGGAAACGAUUUGACCGUGGGGGACGAGAAAAUAUGGCUGUCUCUAGAAGAACAGGUACUAAUGGUUCUGGUGCUGGUGUUGGAGACAUGCCACAUUUAGUCACGCCUUUUCCCAAAGGAAUGAAUAAACCUGGUUAUGGUCCCCCAGAUCAUCCGGAGGCUGGUUUCCAUGCCAAUGGUGCAAGGCAUGGUAAUAUAGGUAUGCCUAAAUCAAACUAUCAGUCAAGAAAGGCAUGUCAUCCAUUUAACCCAGAUGAUCUUUACUUAUUUCUACGUGGUAUACCUUACUCUGCAACAGAAGAUGAAGUACGUGCUUUCCUUUCUGGGCUACAUGUGGAUGGAGUGAUUAUGAUAAAGCAUCGCAAUGGUUUAAACAAUGGCGAUUGCUUGGUAAGAUUUGCUACGCCAGGUGAUGCCUUAGAAGGACUUAAACGUCACAGACAGUACAUGGGUCAGAGGUUCAUAGAAAUUAGCCCAUCUACAGAGGAACGGUGGAUUGAAUAUGGUGGGAGGGUGGAUAUGCCAGAUGAAAUCAAUGACUUUUUCUGUGAAGACCAUUCUCCAAGAAGUUCAGGCUACAUGCAUUCAAGGAAGCAUUCUCAUUCACGAUCGCCAAGGAGACAAAGAACACGUUCUCGUUCAUCUCCCAACCAGGAAUAUUACAUACACUUAAGAAAUCUAUCUACUAAUCUGGAGAAAAGAGAUUUGAGAGAUUUUUUUCCUGACCUGGAUAUAUGCAGCCAACAGAUCAAGCUUCUAACAGAUAAGCAUCAGAGGAGGACUAGGGAUGCCUUUGUGAUGUUAAGGAGUGAGAGAGAUUAUCAGGCUGCUUUGGAAUGUCACAGAAAGGUUCUUCUCAAUCGUCCUGUUUACAUUUUUCCAAUUUCAAGAAAGUCAAUGUUGAAAAUAAUUGACUCUUGCGAGAGGAAAAGAUCACAGGACAGAGAUCAUCUUGGACAGGCCAUACCAGAGAAAAGUUACCGGGAAGGUCAUUCCGGCCCUAAGACAUGUGUUUAUGUAAGGAAUUUUCCAUUUGAUGUGUCAAAAAUUGAAGUACAAAGGUUCUUUGAGAGAUUUGAUAUUGAUGAAGAUGAUAUUUACUUGCUCUAUGAUGACAAAGGAGUUGGGUUGGGAGAAGCAUUAGUGAAGUUUAAAUCUGAAGAACAAGCCAUGAAAGCAGAAAACUUAAAUCGUCGGAGAUUCUUGGGAACAGAGGUAUUAAUAAGACUUAUAUCUGAAGACCAGAUGCAGAAGUUUGGUGUAAGUGUACCGUUGUCUGCACCAAAUGAAAUGCAGGGUAAUUCACGUCCGUAUGACAGAGGUCCAGUUGGCUCACCGUCUGGGCCACCACAAGGGCCACCUAUUCAUUCAUUUGGUCCCCCUGGAAACUUCAGGCAUCCUUCUGAAUUUAGGCACCCCCCUGAGGACUUCAUGUGCCCUCCUAAGGAUUUUAGAGGUCCACCACCCCUCAUGGAUUUUGGUGGUGACAGUGAACCUUUUGGCAGAAUGGAGUUUGGGAAUAAUAAAAUGGGAGGUUUUCCUGAAGGAAGAUUUAUGCCAGAUCCAAAUUUUAGUGGUGGUUCUGAGCAUGUUGUCCCUAUUCGGUUGAAAAAUUUACCUUUUAAAGCUACUCCUAAUGAGAUUCUGGAUUUUUUCUAUGGCUACAGAGUGAUCCCAGAGUCAGUUUCUGUACAGUACAAUGAACAAGGAUUACCUUCGGGUGAUGCCAUUGUUGCUAUGACAAAUUAUGAGGAAGCUAUGGCUGCUAUUAAUGAACUGAAUGAUAGGCCGAUUGGUCAACGGAAAGUUAAGUUGAGCUUGCUGUAAAGGAGGAAAAGAUGCUCUAGAGUAAGACUUUCUAGAUUUGACAGUAUUGACAGUUAUUUUAACUUUCUUUUUUUUUUUUUAAUUACUGGAAGAUGCAGAAAAUGGUUUUUAUCAACGGUUGUAAAUAUCUAGUUCAGUUGUUCAGCUCUUGGUUGAAAUAUUUGUACGGUUAAGAUACGAGAACUGUAUUGUGCCUACUUGUAGCAGAGAGCUGGGAAAUUCAUGAGGACAUCGAAUGUCUUACACCAGGGUAUAAAGGCAUGGAGUUGUAAUGUUUUGGGUUUUUUUUUUUUAUCUUAUUUUUUUAUUUGUUUGGGGUUUUUUGUUUAGGUUUUUUCCCAGUUUGCUUUAAUUCCAUGUCCCAUUACAUUGCAUCAAAUAAAAAUGUAAGUGCUGGUUCAUUAACCACACAAACGGUUCAAACAACUCCAAUGCUCCCUGCAUUAUUAACUAACACAUGUUACUGAGGUUAGCUUUAUGGAGUUAAAAAAGUUACUUUUUUAAUUUCUUUUUUUUUGGUGUAAACUGGUGAGGUUUUGUUCGGUUUCAUGUGUUUGCAGGCAUUCCUGUUAAAAGAAGACAAAAGAGCUUCCUGUUCACAUUAGCUGGCUUUGCAACUUUUUUUAAUAAAACCAGAAAUUGCCAUUAAA